CAAAGCAAAUCGUAUUACUAGAGCUUUCUUGAAACUUAGAGCCAUGCAAAAACAACUAGUAGUACCUGAAAGCAGUGCUGCUGAAUUAUUAGAAGUUUCAAGUAGAAUAUCAGAGAUGCUAACUUAUUUAGCAGCAGUAGCCAGAGAGUAUAAAUUAAGGAAUCUCGAGGAUUCAACAAAGGGGAGCUUACUAAGAGAUUCUUUACCAGUUAGAGUAGUUAGACAAUAUAUGAAGUGCUUACCUCCAGAAGUACAUAUGGAAAUUUGGGCUCGGAAUUUAGCCUUGGAUUUCGAAGUUCAAAACAGAUCAACUGGGGAAGGGCAAGUUUAUUCUGAUAGAAAAAAUAGAACAGGAGAAAAGUUAUCAGUAGUAGCCAUUUCAGCUAUAGUUAAGCAUUUUGCAAGAAAUGCAGAGUUACAGGGAAGAUAUACUGCAUACAAUUUAAGAAUUGGGGUACAACAGUAG